CCGACUCUCGCUCCGGCGGCUGCACUCGCAACGGCCGGCGACACGGAUGGCGAUGGCGCGGCGAUUCGAGUCACGUUGCGCGCCAACCGGUCAAAGUGGGGCACGCGGGCUCGUCUCGGGCUCCGCGUGCGCUCGUCUCGCUCUUCUCCCGUCCGACGGCCGUCGCCGUUACUGACGGCCAACCCCAUCGACUUUAUUGCGCGUUGGUUGCCCGACGUGUCGGAAAAGGUCGGGACGACGCUCAAAACCCCCCGUUUGGAACUUCUUACGCGCGUCGGGAGCGGCGGCGCACCUCGCCCAGUGGAACGUCAACAGGAAGUCGGCCGCCGCGAGAUGCGCCAGUCAGCAGCUUUUGUCUGCGGGGGCUCCGGAAGCCACCGUCCUUUCAUCCCGAAGCGGAACCCGGCGAGAUCAAACGCAAACGCUGAACGAGUUCAAACGCUGACCUAGAAGCUUUCAUGUGUGCCAAAGUGGGUCGGGCGUCACGCUUCGUCACGCCGGCCGGUCGGCCCGUGCGGUUUACCGAGGAAGAUCAAAGAUGACAUCAGCACCGGCCAAUCGGGAUAAAGCCGCCGAGGAACGCCGCGCUCUCGUCAUUCGCUCGCCUCGACCUCCGGCGGCACCCGAGGAGCCUCCCAAGCGAAGAACGCAAGAUUCCGCCUGGCCGCGACGAUGCUUUCCAUGCCGAACGCCGCCGUUGCCACGGUCGCGAUGACGACGAUGGUGGCGUUGCUGUCGGGGGGCGCGCCCGGCGCGGGGGCAGACGGCCGAUCCGAAGGCCGGUCGGCGCUCCGCGAGUCCCGGACGGCGGAGAUCCAGACGGUGUCCCUCGAGCUCAACCCCGACAUCCUGCGUCCCCCCGAAACCUUCCGACCGCUGCAGAACCACUCCAUCUCACCCUGGACCUACAACGUGUCGCAGGACGCGUGGGUGUUACCGCCGGUGUCGGAGGACCUGAGGCUCAGGUCGCGGCCCAUCCUGCGGCAGGUCCUGCUGCUGCGCCGCCUCAAGUCGUCCGCCGGCGCCCCGCCGCAGGGGCAGCGCUACCGCUUGGAGCCCCGCCUCGUCGCCGUCGGCUGCACGUGCGUCAGGGAUCAGCGGCCCUGGCGGCCGCCGCGGCUCUGACGGCGCUUUUCGGAUGACCUUGAAUCUCCUUUGUGAAUAAAGAUUGAACGGGGGAAACUCGA